AUGUCUCUUCAACGACCCAAUGGGAACUCCAGUUCUUCUUCUUCCCCUAAGAACCACAAAACUGAGGAGAGUGAUGAGGAGUUGUUGAUGGUUCCAGACAUGGAAGCAGCUGGAUCGACAGGUGUUCAAAGUAGCAGCGCCGACGAUGGAGCCAAUAAUCCGGAGCUUGACCAGAACCAAAACGGAAUCUCCACCGGAAAACGUCGCCGUGGAAGAAAUCCAGUUGAUAAAGAGUAUAGAAGUCUCAAGAGAUUGUUGAGGAACAGAGUAUCUGCACAACAAGCGAGAGAGAGGAAGAAAGUGUAUGUGAGUGAUUUGGAAUCAAGAGCUAAUGAGUUGCAGAACAACAAUGAUCAGCUUGAAGAGAAGAUCUCUACUUUGAUGAAUGAGAACACAAUGCUUCGUAAAAUGCUUAUUAACACAAGGCCUAAAGCUGAUGAUAAUCACUAA